GUUAAAGACUGCAUAUUACAACCUGACCAGUAACUUCAGUGAUCAUUUGGAAAGUCUAGCUACCUUUCAGUCUCAAUAUGAAAUUCUGAAUAAGAGCCACGCUGAACUGCUAACAGAGAGUAGAAAACUGAAGCAGUGCAUCAGUCCUGUUAUAAAAAUGUCUCAAGCAGAAAACACUUGCUCUCUAUGUCCAGAGGGCUGGGUGAGUUUUCAGUCCAAGUGUUACUUCUUCUCCACCGAUUUACUGGACUGGCAGUCGAGCCAAGAGAAGUGCAUGAGUAUGUGUGGACACCUGGUGAUAGUAGAAAGUGCAGAGGAGCAGAAUUUUUUAGAAAAUAAAACAAAAGAUUUUAAUGAUGGGGGUUAUUGGAUUGGCCUGACUGACCAGAAGAAUGAGAACACUUUUGUUUGGGUGAACAACAGGCCUCUAGACUCAAAUAACAGGUUUUGGGACAAAGAAGAGCCUAGUGGUAAACGUGAUGAAAACUGUGUGCAGAUAUGGAGAACAAAUCAGCAGAAACGUUGGCAUGACUACCCAUGUGGAACUGUAGCAAAAAGGGUCUGUGAGACCACUGCAUUUCUACUUUAUAAUUAAACUGUUAAGAGUUUCAGGCAAAGAGAGAGCUACCAUCUUCAGGCAUAAUGAAGAUCAUUCCAACAGUAAAUAAUGCAGAUGUUAGUUUGCGCAUGGAGUAGAUGGUCACCUCACCUUGUCAUUUGAUGAAGAGGUAGUGACUGCUGUGGACACUUUUUCUCUAGUGUCAUUUCUUGUGACUGA